GAAUGGAAAUGGAAAUUACUAUUCACGAAAUUACCACUCUCAAACACCAAACCAAAUCAAACCUUCCCUCUCCUUCUGUUCUAAAACAUUGUCCCUAUUCUCUCUCUGCAACAUUCAUUUUCCAUCGCCAUCAGUGCCAUGCAGGAGGCUUUGGCUAUACAAUGCAUGUAGGAGGUUUGAAGAAGUCCAAGUAACCUGGAAGAAGCUUUGACAUACAUUCAGGUAAAAUGAGAGACAGCACAGUGCAAAAUUGUCACCAAAAUAAUAGCGGAGCAGUAGAAGCAGGUGCACCUUCAGUCGAGAAAGAUCUUGCUUCUUCAGUAAAAGCAGCUACUGAAGUUCCUCCAUCCUCUUUUCAGUUCUAUGUCUGGUCAGAUGUGGGAAUUAAUCUUCAUGUUGAUUUAAAUCUGUCCUCAUCAGAUUGGAUUAACAGGUUUAGAAAUGAGGUUUGCAUAAGUGAGAAUAUGCAUCGAAACAAAUCCCGAAGCCUUUGGCAGGAUCUGAGCAGCUUAGGAGAGAAUUAUAUGCAAGGUAAAUCUUCCUUUUUAUGGAGUAAAAAUUCUAGUCAAAUUGAGGAUCAUGAUGGACAGGCCAGAUCUUCCUCAAGCUCUAAACUUACAAAAGAUGGUGCUACAGAGUCAGGUCAACAGAAUAAAGAUGGCAUUCCUUUGAGAUGUGAUUCUUUUACUCCAUGCAACAUGACUAUAGAAGUGAAAGAUAAUAUACUGGAAAAUCAUUCAACUGUCUCAGCUGAACUAAAUGUAAAUGUGGUAGACAAUUUAAUGCAAGAGCAAUCAACUGUCUCAGCUGAGGUUAGUUGUGCUAUAGACGCAUCUAAGAAAAUUAUUGAUUCAGAUGCUACCAAUAUGCCAUUCAUCAAGUCACUUUGUGAUUCUGUUGUCAACUCACUGUCAGAUCCUGGCACACUGGAACUUCAAAAUUCAAAGCCUGAUAAUGAAUGUUCUGAGUAUUGUGCUCUGCUAAAUGGUUCUUGCUUUGUGAACCCUGGUGUGGUGUGUGCUGGAGCUUCAUUAAGUAGUUCUGUGGGACUACAAAAUUCAGAAGUUAUAAGUUGUCAUAAAUAUGAAUCAGUUUCACUCUGUGACAAUGAUGGUUCCCUGGAUUUAAGUGAUCCAAAGAGUACUUCUGACAUGGAACAGGAUAGACUAGUCAAAACUCGGAUUAUUUUUGAAACUGACAGUCACAAUUUCACAUCAGUAACUGAUGAAUGGGAGGUGGACAAGAUUGUUGAUGGAAGGGAGAGUUCAGAAUGCUCCCAGUUUGAUGAUCCACUUAAGAAAUCCAGCCUAGACUAUAAUAAUCAGGAUUCUAAACUGGAGCUCUGCAAAAAGAGAAAAAACCGAGACUCUGAGAUUCAAUGUUCAAAUGGUGAACCUACUACUACAAGAGUUUUGCGGAGCAUGAAGAAUACUGCUACAAGAGUUUUACGAAGCAUGAAGAAUGUGAAGCUUCCUAGAUAAUCCAUGAGGCUAAUCUCCAAGGUGCUUUGACACUUUCUUAUGGAAUUAAAGUAAAACUGUAUACAAUGAAUAUAAAACCUGAAAAGUAAAAGUUAUUCAAUUUAAUUGCGGCAUUCAGUGUCUCAAAUUGGAAGUUACAGUAUUUACCUGAUAUUUGAAUAGGAUGUACAUUUUUAAAUUCCCCUUUGUUAUGCAUUUAUUUUUCC